AUGUCUAACAACAGUUUAGCAGUGCCCAGCAAAGGAAAUCCAAAUAGCGCCAAACAGACAGCCGACGUAGUCCUUAAGGUCUUUGAAAUCGCCAUUGUUCCAGUAAUAGUUUGUGGCAACAUUCUCAUCAUCUCCGCUGUUUGUCGUUUCAAGAAUUUGAGGUCUGCCAGUAACGUCAUGAUUGCCUCCCUUGCCGUUGGAGAUCUGAUGAUGGGCGGGAUAUACAUGCCGACCAAAUUAGCUAUCAUGUUCAAUACACAUAUAUAUGCAGAGCGAAUUCCAUGUCUAACAAAUAUUUUUCUUUCCUACUUUUCUGUGAUCACAGCUAUGUUUUUUUUGUCCAUGUUGUCGAUAGAACGUUUCUACGCAGUCCAGUUUCCUUUCCACUACCAUUCUGCCAUGACCUUGAAUCGAAGUGUCGUGUUGAGCGUCGUCGUGUUUUCAUUGUCCUUUACCAUUACAUUGCCUAUUAUUUUUGGAAUCGACUUAUGGGCUCCAGGCAAGUUUUGCUUCAACACCAACAUCCUUCCUGGCUACUACGUCUGGAGUAUGGUUUCUGUCGUAUUCGUCGUCCAGUUUGCGGGGUUUCUCUGUUUUCUGCGAGUGCUGGCAGCAGAAAUCAGCAUCAGGAUGCGAAAUGUGAACGUCGAACAGUCUGAGAGCAGACGCCAGGAUUCAGUCAAGUCCACGCUGAUCCUGACCGUGUACGUCUUCUCGAUACUGUGCUGGAUUCCGCAGCUCGUCUACCUGUUCAUCAGUGUAUUCAGCCCCAGAAGCACCAACCUGUUCGGCCUGAGGGCGGUGUCACUGCUGGGUGUCUGCAGCUCGGCGGUCAACUGUUUUGUGUAUGGGAUAAAGAACAGCAAGUUCAGAAAUGCCUUCAGGAAGAUGUUCGGCUGUAGACCAGGGAGAGUGGAUCCAUCCACGGAGUUAAACACACAGGAAGAGGUUUUCUGA